AUGACUUUUGAUAUGGUUCUUGAUGAUGCUGAUAUUGCUGGAAGGGUUCGUACUGGUUAUUUGAAGCAAGAGAGCCUACAAAAAGAGCUGAAGCGGGCGAGCCUGAAGUUAACUUCACAAGCCAGAGAGAUUAAAGAGUUAAAACAUAAGCUUUGGGAAAGAUACGAGAAACUUCCUGAUAUGCAGUCGUACUUUCACUUCAGAGAAGGAGAGACGGAUCGAACGCGUGUUGAGUUUUCAAUCAAAACCAAGAAGGUUUUCAUGGUGGUUUCUGAAUUUGAAAACAAACCACAGCUAUUGAGCCAAGCUAACGAGAUCAUUAAGAGACAAGCAUAUGAUAUAAAUACACUUCAGAGAGCACUGAUCAAGGAGAAGGAAGAAGAGAUAGAAUUUUAUAUCGUGGCAGAGUCCAUUAAUUGUCAAAAGGAUACUUUCUCAAUGUAUCUCAGAGGCGAACUUGAUAACAUCCAGGAGGAAAUGGAUGCAUUAAGGGAUCUGCACAGAUGGAAGCUCGACGACAACGGUGUCGAGAAUCUCCUUAACAAGAUGAAGAGGCGUGAGGUCAACGCCCAGUCAACGAGUCGUUCUGAGUCAACUCAGUUGCAGAUCUUCGUGAGGAUGAUUUAUGGAGGGAAAACAAUAGUGAUCUACACCAACAAGAACAACACAGUGGAGCAGCUCCACCACAGAAUCGAGCCAAAGGUAAAGGUUCCAGUGAAGGAGCAGCUUGUUAUCUACAAAGGAGAACGCCGCGAUAUCAUGUACGCAGUCUCUCGAAUGCUCAGGGGCGAUUGGAUUUGUCCUCGUAACAAGCUUUAUGUGUCGUAUCGGAACAUCUUGGGAUCUUUGCUGGACCUAUUUUUGGGUAUUGAGACGCAGAAAAGAGAGCUUAGCGUACAUGGAUGCACAAGGAACAGUAUCAAUGAUCUUGUAAGCAUCGUGAGGGACCUGAAGUAUGCGAGAAGCUUUGAAACAGAUACAGAUGUUAAAAAACGAGAUAAGAUCAUUGAGAAACUUUAUGCUGAGAUAGAAGUUUUGAAGAUGGCAAAGUCUCAUCCCCACGGAUCUGCUGACCAGUUGUGCAACAAAGCCAUAGAACUGCAGGAACAGUUAGAGGAAGCCAACAUGAUGAAGAGAUCUGGCUCGGACUCUCUGGUUUCUUUGACGAAACAGCUAGAAGGAAGAAGUAAAAGAUUGCACGCUGUGGUGUCUGAGAUGACUGAACUCAAAGAUAAGGCAAAGUUAAUGGCGAUGGCGGGGCUUAGGCAAAGCGAAGAUCUUUAUAAAUCAGAACAACUGUUAGAGACUGCUGAAGAAUUAUUAUCUAAGGAUGAGAAAGAGGCAAUAAAAAUGAAGAGUGAGCUUGAAACUGUUAAAGAGGAGAAGAAACAGGGUUUAAAGAAAAAUCAAAUUCUUAUGGAAGAGAAGAAUAAAAUCAGGUCGAAAGUGGAAGAGGAGAAGAGCGAGAUAUCUAUGCAGAUUUUAGCUUCAGCGUUACACCAAGCGUCGAGUGAAUCACGCGUGUUGAAAGAAGAGUUGUUGAGCCUAGGUGGUCAGGAUUACGAGAUGCAAGUAGAACAUUACAAGAACAGGAUUGAAGUCACGCAAGUCAGUGAGGUGAAACAAAUCAAGAUGAGAGAGACUGGUCUGUUUAAUCACGUGAAGAAGUUUGAUGAAGAAGUUUGUAAAAUGAGAAGAGAAACAAACAGGUUAGGUAAUUUGGUGAAAAGGGCCCAUGAAGAAACUGAUGGAGCAUUGAAGAAAGAGUCUCUGUUGAGAGAUGAUCUCAAAGAAGUGGAAGAUGAUGUGAUUUGUCUUCAGGAAGCUCUCAGAGAAGCAAGAGCUGAAAGCUUGAAAUUGAAUUCGAAAAUGCUGGACAAAGAAACUGAGUUUAAAAGCAUUCUUCAUGAUAAUGAUUUGCUUAGAGUAAAAGAGAAUGAUGACAAGAGCAAGAGAGCGACAGGACAUAUCUUUUAUGUUGGUGAAAGUCUAAUUAGGUGGUGUUCGAGUAAACAAGAGAAUGUUGUGGUAUCGUCGUGUGAAACUGAAAACAUGGCAGGGAUUGAAGCCAUGAAACAUGCUAUAUUGUUUCAAGAAUUACAUCGGCUUAUACCCGAGAGUGAAAAUAGAGUCGACGUCUUGAUGAAAGAGUUUGGGAAAUUGAAGCUCAAGAAGAUGAGAGGCAUUAUCAAAAGUUUGUUUCGAAUGGAUUUCAAGCUUAAGGGGGAGAUUGUUGGAGUAAGCUUGAAGUUAGCUUGA